AUGGUAAGAAUAAAGACAACGGGCCUGUACGAGUUUGGAUCUGCCUUUGUGGACAAAUCAACGGUCUUAGCCAAUCAGAUCGUUGCUGGACUAAUGGAAGGGAAGCGAAUGAUGGAAUAUGGAACCCCUGCCAAAAAGCAACGGUUCGAAUAUAGAUGUGGUGACUGUGGGCAGACUUUUGUUCACAAGCAGAGUCUAAAUCGUCAUGAGAAGACGGCUCGUGGAAGUCAAAUGUUCAAAUGUCGAGAGUGUGACAUGACACUCUCGAGAAGGGAUAACCUAGAGCGUCAUCGGAAGAAACACGUUCAACAAGGAGGAGCCAAUCACGCCAUAUAUGGAGCUAAACACGAGGGUGAAGCAUCAGUUUGA